GUCCACGUCGACCGACCACAUGGCGCGCCGUGCACCACCUCUCUGUGCGACUGUGUUGGAGCUGGAGGAGGCCCGAUGGAUAAGCCAAGCGUCGCCGCUCGUCGUUGCGGCUCCGCCAUCUCUCGCCUGCACUGCGCGAGCGAGCUGCUGCUGCUGCGUCGACGAUCCUUCCUCGGAUCUCCAUCAUCAGAGACAGAAUUAUAAUAUCUCCACGCCUUAAGCGCAAAAGCAGGGGCUUCCUCUAGCUCCGGCUGACAUUCCCUCGGCUUCUCCCCGGCCGCAUCUUGGCUCGAUCCUGAGCUCUGCUGCAGCUCGUAUUAAAGGCGUACUUUUCUUCUUCCUCUCGUUGGCAGAGGAGCGCAGUAGUGGAUUUGAUUGUCUAAAUUUGCGGUUUAAAGGGGCCGGUGGUCGCUGUGGCCGGGUUUUUAGUAGUUGGACGAGAGGGCGCAGAACUGCAGCGGUAGGAGCAGUGUGGGUGAGGUGCGCAGGGGGCCAGUGCGAGGGGAGAUUGCGAGAUGGCUGUCAUGAUGCCUCAAAAGCUCUCUACGGCGGGCCGAUUCCUGAUCGGUGCUCCACAUUCUGCUCCUCGGAGCGUCACAAGACCUGGGUUGGUGCGUGCUGCCUCAGAACCCUCGGAGAAGUCCUUGGAUGUUAUGCGCAAAUUUUCCGAGCAGUAUGCUAGGCGAUCAGGAACAUUUUUCUGCUGCGAUAAGGGUGUAACAUCAGUUGUGAUCAAGGGGUUGGCAGAGCAUAAGGACUCUCUUGGAGCACCGUUAUGUCCUUGCAGGCAUUAUGAUGAUAAGCAGGCCGAAGUGGAGCAGGGAUUCUGGAAUUGCCCUUGUGUUCCUAUGCGAGAGAGGAAGGAGUGCCACUGCAUGUUGUUUUUGACCUCCGAUAACGAUUUUGCCGGGACAGAACAGGCGAUUACCAUGGAGGAGAUUAAAGAGCUUACUGCAAACUACUGAUGAAAUCUGACGCAAUUUGUCGUCAGCUGUACGAAUACUACUUGGAACCAGCACUUGAUGGGAAAUUUUCCAUCCUUGUUGAUGAAUGUAGCAGAUUCUCGUCUCAUCUGCUGCAAUGUAGGAGGAUCAUGUCACCUGAUGUAUAAGUAAGCAUGUUCGCGGAAGGCAGUCUCAGUCUGUGUAUAAGUGUAAAGCAAAACAACAAAGAGUGUACAUUGCUUCUACUUGAUUUCUGAGUUCCUAGCAGGUAGUGAAGAUCCUCAUCAAUCAUGUAACGUAAUAGUUGUUGACAACGUUAGGUGGGUAGAGAUGUAAGUAAGAGUUCGUCGGUCAUCUGGAGUUGUCAUUCAACAUGAAGCCACUACUACACCGGUUUAUUUAACCGGUCUAGACAGUGGUAAAGUUUUCUACUGGUGCUAAGAAGUCAUUGGUCAAUUAUGAAGAUGAUUGCUCGUGCACUCAUGUCAGGUGAUUUACCACGCAUCCAUUUCAGUUGGGCUCCUUGAUUU